UGAAAAAGAGGGAGUGUCCGCAGGAGUGUCGCGCGUCGCGCCUCUACAAAAGUCUUACUUUUAUUUUAACAAAGUCUUGGGUGUCGGUUCUCAACGUAUAGAUACAUGUGAUCCUGAUCGUCACGCCAGAUUGUGUUAAGCAUAGCAUACCAUAUUGGCCAACCCAACAUUUUCAAAUCUCCGCGUGAAGAAAAUCAACCAAAAUCAGCAUGAGUACACCCUUUCAGAAGGUGAAGAGAGGGAACAUUGGCUACUGUCAGAAAUUCUCGAAGGAGGUAGCCGAGGGCCAGAAUGGAAACUUGGUCCACUCGCCGAUCAGUUGUCUGAUCGCUUUGGCCAUGGCUUUGGCUGGAGCUAAAGGAGAGUCCAUCCUGAAAAUAGCCAGGGGCCUCCAUUUGCCUGACAACCUUACGACAGCCUUGGAAGGACUGUCUCGAAUGAUGAAAAUGUUUCAGGAAACAAGAAACGUGGAGCUGGCGGUCGCCAACAAGAUUUACAUCAGGAAGGAUUCCCCUAUUGCUGAGGAUUACUCUUCAUCAUUGAAACAGUAUUUUGACAUCGAAGCUGAGAACGUCGUGUUUAUGGAGCCAGAGACCGUUGAAAAAAUCAAUGAUUGGGUUGCCAAGCAGACCAAUAAUAAAAUUAAGAACCUCGUCGACACGGACUCCUUCGAUACUUUCACCCGCCUCGUCUUGGUCAACGCCGUCUACUUCAACGGCACCUGGCAACACCAAUUUGACGAGAGCCGUACACGCAACAUGCCAUUCUACAUUGACAAUGAGAAAACGGUCGAUGUGCCGUUCAUGUACAAAAACACCUACCUGCCUCACAAGAAUCUUGAGGAGCUGGACGCCCAAUUGAUCAGCAUGUAUUACAGAGGCCGUGACCUCAGCAUGGAGAUCAUUUUGCCGAACAAGAGAGAUGGUUUGAAGGAAUUGGAGGAAAAACUGGCCACUGCAAAUCUGAGCGAAAUUCUGAACUCUGGCCUUGAGGGCGAUAUGGUGGUGUACUUGCCCAAGUUCAAAGUCGAGACCUCCCUGGAUCUUGGAAAAUAUCUGACUAAGAUGGGACUCGAGCACAUCUUCUCUGACAAUGUCGAUUUCUCUGGAAUCAGUCCGUCUGGAGCGAACAACCUGAAGGUGUCGAAGGUCAUGCAGAAGGCGUUUAUCGAGGUCAAUGAGGUUGGCACGGAGGCUGCAGCGGCUACAGCGAUUGUCAUGUCUGAUGGCAUGACGAUUAAGAGACCACCAUCCAUUAAAUGCGACCAUCCGUUCGUCUUCUACCUGACUUACGACCGCUCCUUCGUCAUUUUCGGAGGCCGAGUCACUAACCCUGCCUAAGCUGAGGGUGGUAAGUGCGAGGAAAGUCGGCUUGCAUUCUAAUUGCGGUAUCACAGUUUUAAAUAUAAUAACCACGUGUUUUAUUUGUGCCUACACUUCUGCGUUGUCUAUCUUUCAAUUCACCAGUUGCAUAAACCCUAAGUGUUCGAAGCCGCCAACAGAUGGCGCCACCGUAGACUUUCGAUUUUAAGGCACUUCCGCUGCGAUUUCAGACUCAAUCUAGCUACUGUGCAUUCUUCAAUUAAUUUGCUAUUUUUUGACAUGCUGAAAACCAAAAUCGGUUCAGCCAAUCGCCGUAGAAUCGUGAAAAACUUUUUUGAAAUAAAAAAAUAUUUUCCAACGUUUCUACGGCAAAAGGCUGAACCGAUUUUGGUUUUCAGCACGUCAAAAAAAGCAAAUUAAUUAAAAAAAAGCAAAAUAGCUAGAUUGAGUCUGAAAUCGCAGCGGAAAUGCCUUAAAACCGCUUAAAACUAAAUUUUUAAGAAAGUUUGUGGUUGCGCCAUCUGUUGGCGGCUUCAAUAACUAAGGGUUUAUGCAACUGGCCAAUAGGCACAAAAUAGUAUAUUUAGAUUUGUUUUACAGUUGUAAUGUAAGCUAUAAAGCAUAAAUUAUUCAACGAUUGUUUUACAGGUCUAAGCUCCAGCUUCUCGUUAAUAAUAGAAAACAAAGUUAGCAAUUGUAAUACAUAGGGACAAUUGUUACUUUGUUUUCUAUUAUUAACGACAAGCUAGAGCUUAGACCUGUAAAACAAUCCUUGAAUAGUUUAUGCUUGUAAAUGAAUAAUUCUUGUUUAAUGUUUGAAUUAAAUGUUUGUAUGAAAUUCACCUAGAAUAUGUAAUUCUUUAAUCUACCUUGCGUUGUUCUUGACCGAAAAUUGGUUAUUUCUAAUUAAAAUAAGAAAAACAAUAAAAUUUAAGAAAUACUAAUUUUUAGUAUUUGAAAAAUGCGAUCCCUCGAGGUUGUUUUCAUGUUGAAUAUAAUUAAAACCAGGCUUCAUCCUCGUUGUCAAUGAAAGAGAAAUUCGUCUUAUUUAUUCAUCGACCAGUUAAGCCUAGUUUUAAUUAUAUUCAACUAAUUUUUAGGCUUAACAUUAUUCAGACCAGCUUCGUUUCAGUUAUUUCUAAAAUAAUGAUUUUAUUCUGGAAUAGUCAGUGUACAUGUGACGUCAAUGUGAAGGAAAUAAAACUUAAAUGCCUGCAAAUGCAACCAGUGCCACUGUAGACUCUA